AGGGCUCAGGACUUUAUUGUGCCAAAAAACUUGGAAUGACUCUUCUGUUGCAACUUAAUUCAAAUCAAAUGCGCCAAACAUUUUGUUACAAUAGAUCGUUGAGAAAAUCAACUCUGCAAAUUCCUUUACAAUAAAAACAUCUUUCUCUCCUCUCAGCAUAUCUCAACCCACCAGGGGAACAUCAUAUUUUUUUGUAAUGUAAGGAUCUUCCUCGGCGUACUCAGUCCGCUUUCUUAAAAUUGAUGUUGACACGAAAGAAGUGUUUUUCUUCUCUGUAAAGAAUCCUCAGAGUAGACAGGAGAGGGUGGGGGUCAGAAUCAUUCCCUGAGAUUUAUUCUCUGGCCCGUUGGGAGGCUCUCCGGUUUUUCAUGUGAAACAGGGAGAUCAGACUUGGACAAAAUGUUAAAAUACUCAGUUACUUUAGCAGAUCAUUGUUAUCACUGCAAGGGUGGUAGCGGGUUGAUUUUCCACUUUUCAGACGCUGCGUAAUGACGCAGAAGUAUACAAAGUGCUGAAUCGAGGCCAUGUGCUCAGCAGAUUAAUUCAUUUUACGGUGCCAAACAAUCAAACGCUCACCUUUCCGAAAAAAAGAAGACGUAUUUCGACAUAUGUAGAGAUGGAAACGGAAAUUUCCUGAAUAUUAGUCUACUUAUGAAGGCAGGGGCACGUUCAUGCUUGUGAAUUCAGACAUCAGUGAUGCAGGGCUGGAGUAUUUUCCAGAUUAUCAUUAUAAGAAAAUUCCGCUUCUUUAAUACAGAAGUCAUUUAGCUGGCAGUUGGUAAUUCAAAAUUUCGGCAAAACUUAAGUAAUUUCAAAUGCGUUUAAUGUUAUUCUAUAAGAUAUAAACCUUUUCGUUGGAGUUGCCAGGUUAUUAAAAAUCCUUCCUUUCACUGUGACGCGUCAUUCUCUCAUUUUGGCAUUUGACUUAGCUCGUGAAGUAGAAACUGCAAUGAACCUUUACGGAGUAACUGGCCCCAAAACAAUAAAUAAACAACAUUUAAACAUUUUCACAUAAAGUUAAGGCCUGUUAUCAACUAAUUUGUAUCUGCGUGUUAUCGAAAGCCAGGCAAUCUGGUCUCCAAAAAGUUUCUUUUAGUAAAGGGUUAAACUGAUUUGUUUACCAAAAACCAAGUUAGAAAAAAAUGCAAAUAACUUUGCUGCUAUUCAUAAACAGGUGACUCACAACAGCAGGGACAUGCAUCUAUUGUUUGAUUUCUCACAGAGUAAAUGAAGACUUUCACUUCACUGCCCCUUUUGGGCAUGCGUAAAUAAAGGCGCAUUGAGAAGUGAUUAACUAAAGAGCUAUGGCUAUUUGAAAAAGCAACUGCAUUCCCUAAUUUUCUCUUUUGAAGUGAACCUUUUUUAUUUUGCAAACUAGGCUACAUAUUUCAGUUACCUCGAUCAAACUUUUCACUGGUGUCCUAUAAUGCCCAGUGUGCUAACUAUUCUUAAUUCCUCUUUAUUCUGUGGAUCAAACAUAUCAAUGUUUUACUUUUUCCAUGUGCGCAGAAACUCCAGGCCCAACCCCUCCUCCCCUCCACUUCUCGCUUGUCUGUGUUCUUGAAGUGGGUUCAGGAAAGUGUUGAGGGGGCGGAUAGUUUUGAUUUUCUCCACAUCUCGCUUAGCCAAUAAUGUAGAGGGAACUGUUGUGCACAUCUCAGCUGGCAGACAUUUAAAAGGGAGACAGUCCGGCGCUGUCGCAAUUUGUAUUAAACCCCCUGGCCCCUGUCUAUGGAGCGGUUAGUCUCCCACCCAUCAGCAGUCCCACCAGCGUACAGUCGACAGCAUUAGGUGCUGAUCACGCCGGAGGGUGCCGCAGAGGACUAAGAGAAUCACAUCAUCGCUCUUGUAGCAGAGGAGGCUCGCGCAGGAUGGCAAGCUCGACGCGUAUCCUGUGCAGUAUGGUUUUCAUCAUCGGGUUGCUUUCCUCUCCCGUGGAUUCCAAAAGAAACCGAGGUUCACAAGGCGCCAUCCCUCAUCCUGACAAAAACAACCCAAACGAAUCGGAGCAGCAACCGCCGCCUCCGCAGGCGGGCUCCGGGUCCCGGCAGAGGCAGGGCCCAUCCUCACCGGCCGACGAGGUUCUGGAGUCCAGCCAGGAAGCUCUUCACGUGACGGAGCGCCAGUAUUUGAAACGAGACUGGUGCAAGACGCAGCCGCUCAAGCAGACCAUCCACGAGGAAGGCUGCGUCAGCCGCACCAUCAUCAACCGCUUCUGUUACGGACAGUGCAACUCCUUCUACAUCCCCCGGCACAUCCGCAGGGAGGAGGGAGCCUUCCAGUCAUGCUCGUUCUGUAAGCCGAAACGUUUCACCACUAUGACUUUUACUCUGAACUGUCCGGAUCAGCAGCCUCCCACCAAGAAGAAACGCAUCCAGCGCGUCAAACAGUGCCGCUGUAUUUCCAUAGACCUGGACUAAAGACUCACAGAAACGCAGCGUGUGUUUUCCUGUUUGUCUUAUUCUUCAUGGACUGGAUUUUAGGUAGAAUAAAAGAAAAGCUGUCACUCAGCCAAGAGCACGUGCCCGUCUCCAUCUAGGAGGAAGCUUCCAUUAGCGCAUCCCCCACACGGAUUCUCCUCUUGCACAAUGUGUAAAAAAAUAUGGACACAACAUUGGACAAGAUGUUGAAUCGCAACGAACAUUUUACUAUCCACCACUUGAAAAGUUAGAAAAUAUGCAUCACUGCACGGGAACGCUGACUUGGAAUGGGCACGUUUUACGCACGGCUUCCUCACCCCACGAGGACUGCAUAACCCGGUUUAUUUAAUAAAUCACUGUUCAAAAGUU